GAAGAUGUCUGCUCGCUCGGCGUUUGAUGGCGCCGUGUUCAUGGCGUCCCAGAUGAAGCUUCUGGAAGAUUUCAAGCGAGACGCGCACCCUGAUAAAGUGAAUCUCGCAGGGAGGGAGUAUGUUGGAGAGCAUGGGCACACCACAUGGCUUCCUCCUGUACGAAAAAUCAAGCAGCAAAUUUCCACAGACCCGACUCUAACCCCAGAGUACACACACAUCCUUGGGAUCCCAGAAUUCACCAGAAGGGCAACUCAACUUGCAUUGGGCAAAGAUAGCCCUGCCAUUGUGGAAAGCAGGGUGUUCGGCAUCCAAACAGUUGGAUGUACUGGAGCAGUGCGUUUGGGUGCUGAGUUACUGAGAUCCUGCUACUGUUCAAGCUCUUCCUGGAGUGGACCCAUCUUGCUCUCCUCUCCCUGUGAUGACUCACUGGCAGGCACCUUUAAGGCAGCAGGAAUUGAAGAUGUGCAAUAUUACCGGUACUGGGAUGCAGAAUCCAAUGGAGUGUGUGUGGAAAACAUGCUGUAUGACUUGGAGAACGCUCCGGAACAAUGUGUGGUGGUCCUGUUUGCUUCAGGCCACCGUCCCACCGGUGCUGAACUUUCUCAGGAGGACUGGAAACGUGUGGCUGAGGUCAUGGUGAAGCGCCAGUUAUUUGCAUUCUUCUUGAUGUCUGCCCAAGGCUUGUGCAGUGGUUCUCUUGAACAAGAUGCCUGGCCUGUUCGUCACUGCGUGUCUUUGGGGCUUGAACUUCUCUGUGCUCAAUCUUUUUCUCACAACUUUGGCCUUUAUGGCGAGAGAGUGGGGCAUCUUCUCUGCGUUUUAAAGCAGAACCUGCUGGCUGUACAAUCUCAAGCUGAGAAACUUGUUCAGACGCUUUGGUCCUGCCCACCGAUGGAAGGGGCCAGGGUGGUUGCCACCGUAUUAAGUAAUCCUGCCCAUCUAGCUGACUGGCAGGAGAGUGUGAAGGCCAUUGCUGAACGCUGCAUGCUAAUCCGAGAGCGUUUGCGUGAGAGACUGAGGCUUCUGGGUGGUCCGUGGCAGUGGGAUCACAUAAUAAAACCUGGAGGGCUUUAUUGCUGUUUUGGACUCAACACUCAACAGGUUGACUUCCUGGUUCAGAAGAAACACAUCUACUUGUUACCCAAUGGGUGUCUGAAUGUUAGUGCCAUCAACAGCCGUAACCUGGACUAUGUUGCUGAAUCCAUACAUCAAGCCUUAAGCUCGAAACGCUGAUCUCACUUCACACUAGAACUUCAACUUCAUCUGUAGUAUGCCUUCAGCUAUGUAUUGGGAAUUUCUGUCUUUGUAUAUUUCAAAUAUAUUCAAGCGAACUAUUAAUUUUCUUUGGCUUAACUUUUACCGAAGGCUGUAAUGCAGACAGAUCUGCAAUCAGCAUUGCUGGUUUCCUAUUUUAUAAUUAUUAGUUAUUUGUGAUAUAUUUAUAGGUCAGACUGUU